UCUCAGUCCGUCUUGCUUGACGCCUAGUUCUUAGGGACUGUAAGAGCUAGAGCAACGAAAUUUUGUAUACAGACUCCUGUGUUAUCACGGCCCCACAAAGCGUCUGUGGCAUCCACAAUUUUAAAGAUACGAGAAACCCGUAAACGCAGAUUCAUAGAGAAUGGACAUAUCUUGCAGAUGGCCGAAUCUGAAUCAGAUCGGAUUAUUAUUACAGCCAGAAGGAACAAAUCAGUUUUCAUUGGCUACGCAGCGCCGUCCAUUCACACACUCUUCGUCGUGCAAUGUGUGCGCUCUCUGACGGAGUGGCGUCAUACAGACUGAGCAUCGGGUAUCAGAAUGAGCGCGAGAGAUCGCGAGAUCAGCUUAGAUGCUGUAGAGCCAACAAUAAUGGAGAUCUACUAGAAAUCCUUUAUCUUUACACCUGACUAUGAGUUCUAGAUAUCAAAGCUAAAAUCGGCGUGCAUCGCAAACACAUUAUACGACCCCCAUGUAUGGCUCCUCGACUCUUAUCGGAAUUGCAAAGGCAAAAACGUGAAGCGAUGAAGCAGAGAACUUUAGUGAUAGCUGGAAAAGAGGCGAAACAUGACUGAUUCGGCGACAGUACCUGAGAUAAUUCCAUUUGAAGAUAUCGCACUGGGAGAGAUCCUCGGAAGGGGCUACUAUGGACAGGUCUAUAAAGCAGUGUGGGGCGACCUGCCGAUUGCCGUGAAGAGGAUAAAAGAGGGCUUCGAGGACAAGGAAUUCAAGAGGGAGGUAAACCAGCUGUCGAAGAUCAGCCAUGAAAAUAUCAUAAAGCUCUAUGGCGUCUCAAUACACGAGAGAACAGUCCAUCUACUCAUAGAGUAUGUCGAUGGUGGAUCUCUGCACAAUUUCCUGCAUGCGGAAUGGAAGCCAAGCUAUACGUUGGCUCAUGCCAUCAACUGGGGACUCCAAAUCGCAAAGGGUGUUGCUUAUCUUCAUGCCAUGAAACCCAAAGCGGUGAUACAUCGCGACAUAAAGGCCCUCAAUUCACUGCUGGGGCAGAGGGGCCUCCAUCUGAAAAUCUGUGACUUUGGCACUGUUGUGGACAUGACCAAUUCGAUGUCAACCGAUCGAGGCACUGCCCUCUAUAUGGCACCCGAGGUAUGCAGGGGCAAACACUACACCGAGAAGUGCGAUGUACAUAGCUGGGCCAUGACCCUCUGGGAGAUACUAUCGCGUAGGCAGCCGUACGGAAAUCUUAUUACCCAUUAUCAGGUCACAAUGGCCGUGAUCACAGGCGAACGGCCACCAUUGGAUCAGGUAAGGGUGGACUGUCCUGAGCACAUAAAACUCUUGAUGAGAGACUGUUGGGAUCUGGAUCCCAGCAGAAGACACUCGAUGCAGCAUGUCGUCACUGUCUUGAAGGAGUUUAUUACAAACAAUGAGAAUCAACUCAAGCCUUUGGAGUAUGUAUUCAGGAAUCAGGAAGUGCUGCCCUUAUAAACUGUAUAUUAAGGAAUAAGAAAUACAGAGAUUUGUGUAUGAUUUCAAGAGGUUUUAUGGUAGAUCCUGGUCCCACUUGAAUUGAAUGAAUCGUUUCGUUUAGUUUUUAAAAAGGAACCAGCUUUAAUUGAUCUCUUUUGAACGAUAUACAAAAUGGGGUUUAUGUAGUUCUUGGUACGUUUUCAUUGUUUUGAAAUGACAAAACAUAGUUAUUGAUUAUAUAAAAUGUUGGUUUGUGUGUUUGUUAAUUGUUCUGUAAUUAAUAAACAAAUAUUAAAUGUGAACGUUAACGCUAAUUUAUUGUAACUGGAAUAUUUACAUUGAAAUGGUGGGUUGGGGGCUCUGAACAGAUUAUAUGUGGAUAAGGAGUCAGCGGGGGAAAUACCUAUUUAGUUUGUUAUUCUCGUUAACUGCGGGUAUAGGAGUGUAUGGUAUGCUUAAGGAGUUUAUAAAAUACGAUCUGUGCAUAUGUCUUGCAUCAUUUGGAUCACUAGCAAUUAACUCAUUGAAAAAAAAUAGAAUUAAAUGUUAAAACCUUU